CCACCUCUUCGGUUCGUCGCACGAGUUUCUUGCAUUUCUCUUUCCGUGACCGGUCGUGGCUGCUCGUCGUCGUCGAACGUUCUUCCCCGAUCUCUUUACGCCACUGUCUUCAGGAUCGACGUAUCGUCGCUAUCGAUCAAGAUGUUGCUGAUUCAACCAUCAGAGGAGAUGUCAAAGCAGAUUCGCGUGGAGCUGAACGAAAAUGUGACGACACGCGAUAAAGACGUGGAAAUCAUCAAGGAGUGGCUGUCGAAGCAACCACAUUUACCUCAGUUUGAUGACGAUCACAGGCUAAUGACGUUCCUGCGUGGCUGCAAGUUCUCCUUGGAAAAAUGUAAAAAGAAGCUCGACAUGUAUUUUACAAUGAGGACCGCGAUCCCGGAGUUCUUUUGCAACCGUGACAUCACCAGACCUGAACUCAGAGAAGUCACCAAAAUUAUUCAAAUACCUCCACUGCCAGGUCUGACUAAAAAUGGCCGCCGUGUGAUCGUGAUGCGGGGCAUCAACAAGGAUCUCCCGACUCCAAAUGUGGCUGAAGCGAUGAAACUGGUUCUGAUGAUCGGUGACGUACGCCUCAAAGAAGAAUUAACCGGUGUAGCGGGGGACGUUUACAUCCUGGACGCGAGCGUCGCGACGCCUGCUCAUUUCGCCAAGUUCACGCCGUCCAUCGUGAAGAAGUUCCUCGUCUGCGUGCAAGAGGCUUAUCCGGUGAAGUUGAAGGAGGUGCACGUGGUGAAUGUCAGCCCAUUGGUCGACACUAUCGUCAAUUUCGUGAAACCGUUUCUCAAAGAGAAGAUUCGCAACAGAAUCUUCAUGCACAGCGACUUCAAGACUUUGUACGAGUAUAUUCCUAAGGAGAUCUUACCGACUGAAUAUGGCGGCGACGCUGGACCCAUUCAGGCUAUUCAUGAAACCUGGAUCAAGAAACUGGAAGAAUAUGGUCCAUGGUUCUCCGAGCAGGAGUCCGUAAAAACGAACGAGUCGCUCCGACCCGGAAAGCCAAAGAAUUUCGACGAUUUGUUCGGACUGGACGGAUCGUUCCGGCAGCUUGUGAUCGAUUAAACUCAGCGCUCCUCCACUUGUCGAUCUGUGACAGCUUGAUCAGUUUUCAUUUCGGUGCUAACUCGAGGAAAAUUCACUCCGGGGAGAAAGGAAGAGAUAAGACGUCCUCGCGACGAUGUCCAUCCAGGAGAAACGUGCUAUUUCGAUGAAAAAUUUUGAAUCACUCGUCCCACGUAUCAAUAUCGAAUUGUUUCCUAAUUUUCCU